AAAUUUUCAAACAAUGGAAAAGAAGAAAGCAAAAAUGCCAGCAAGAAGACCCAGGAAUUUAGGCGUUGAUGCUGGAGAGUCAAUGAUGGAACCCCUCAAAGUUCUCAAGAGAGCUAAGGCUGAAUUCAAUAAUGCUAAGAAUGAGAAAGAUUACUCUAAUAUUAUUAGAACAUUACAGGACACGAAUAAGUCAGAUCUACCUGAUAUCAAUGCUCUGAUAGGUCAGUGCUACAUCAGAAUGGGAGCUCAUGAUAGGGCUGUCCAUUCCUUCACUGAUGCUGCUGCUAAAGCUGAGAAAGAGCCAGAGCACUACAACUGGUGUGGAUAUUGUUAUCAGAAAAUGAACAACUCAGAUGAGGCUCUUGCUCACUACACAAAAGCAAUAGAACUUGGGAGAACAAAUGGCGAGUAUUACUAUAACAGAGCAACUGUCAAGAAAGAAAUGAAUAAUUAUAAAGAAGCUAUUGAAGACUUUGAGCAAGCCAUUAAGCAUAUGGAGAAUAGGUCGAACCCUGAUUCAAAGCAGCAAGAUAUUAUAUACCAAGCUUAUUAUUCCAAAGGUAUCUGUCUGCGCCAGUUGGAAUUUCUUGAUGAGUCGAUCCAUGACUUAAAGAAGGCUGUAGAUCUUAAGCCAGAAGAACCAAGCGCUCAUAAUAAUCUUGGAAUGUCCUACUUCAAAGCAGGAGAAUUCGAAGAAUCUACCAAUGAGUAUACAAAGGCAAUUCAUAAUAUAAAAACUGAGAAUAAGAAUUAUGAAUUUGAACCUGAAAUAAGAAAGCAGAUUGCUGUAUUCUGCAACAACAGAGGACUCUCUUUUUAUCAUCAGCACAGGUAUGAAGAGGCUAAAUCUGACUUCGACGAAGCUAUAAAUCUUGAAAGAGAUGAUGCUAUUUACUAUUUUAACAGAGGAAAUAACUCAUACGACCAGUCUCUUCUCUUGAGAAAUAUUGAGGACAGAGAAGAAGAUGCUAAAAGACUCUAUGAAGAGGCUCAUGAUGAUUACGAUAGAGCUAUCGAGCUCAAACCCUCAGAUCCUAGGUUCUAUCACUCUAAAGGACUUGCCUUCGAGGGUACAAAUGAUGAGAACGAUUUCGAUGCAGCAAUUGAAAACUUUCAGAAAGCAACGGAAAUUGAUGAUAAGUUCUUUGGAGCAGAAGUCCACCUCGGAAAUAUGUAUCAUAAAAAUGAUGAGUUUCAAAAAGCUCUCAAAAGCUACAGAAAAUUCUUGGAUAACUACUCUACUCAUGAAGAUGUGUAUGUGAGUCGAGGUUUGGUCUACCAAGACAUGGGAAACCAUCAAUUUGCCAUAAAAGAUUUUGAUUGUGCUAUUAAGCUCAAUCCUAAAUAUUCAGAUGCUUAUUAUCACAGAGGAGUCUCUAAGCUAAAAAGCAGGAGGUAUAAUGAGGCUAUAGAGGAUCUCACUAGAGCUCUUGAAGAGAAGACUAAGGAUAACUAUGGAAUUUAUGAUGCUCUUGGAUGCUGAUACCAAGCACAGAAAGAUUAUGACCUAGCCUUUAGGUAUAUGGAUGAAGCUAUAACUAAGGAUCCAAACAAUGUUCAAUUCCUAAUGAAUAGAGCCCAAUGACAUUUUGAGCUAGGUCAUGAUGAAGAUACUGAGAAGCAAAUUAGCCAUUUCACAGCUUCUAUUGAAGAUCUAGAAACAGCCCUAGGAAUCGAUGAACUUGAUCCAAAAGUUCUCUAUAAAUUAGGCCUUUCAUAUUAUGCUUUUAAAAAGUACAAGAGAUGUAUUAAGACCUUAAAGAGGUCACUGAAGUGCCUCCAGGUGAUUAAUAACUCUGGAGCUCAUACAAUUACUUAUGAAUCUGAUAUUUAUUAUCAUAUCGGAAUUGCUUACAGCAACCUUGAAAGAUUUGAGGAAUCAAUUUAUCCAUUGGCAAGAGCUAUUGAACUCAUUCCGAGUGAUAUCAGAUAUAUCCACGAGAGAGCAAAGUCAUACCAGAUGAUUGAAGAACAUUCUGCUGCCAUAGAAGACUUCGAUAGUGUAAUUCACAAAAGUCCAAACAAUGCUAAUGCUUACUUCAGAAGAGCAUUUUCUCACAAAGCUUUAAAGAAUUUCCCACAAGCUGCUGAUGACUUUGAAACUGCUAAGGCUAAGGAUCCAACGAACCAAAAACUUGUUGUAAACUACAAGAAGUUGAAAGGAAUUACAUGUAUUGUUCUCUGUAGGCCAGGAGAAGAACCGGUGUUUAAAUAAGUUUCUGUCUUAAUAAACAAUUCUCCUUCUA